GCGCCGCUACACAGACAGUAACAGAAAACUCCGAAGAGAACGUAGGAGCCGCCGAGAGCUCCUUCAGGGCACGCUGCGACGACAAAUAUCUUUUUUUUUUCACGAAAAAUAUUCCACCAGUUCAAUCCCACGACGAGAAACCGUGUGACGGAUACGAUAUCUGUGCGUGAUUCAUUCAUCUGAGCAAGAUGAGGUAUAUUAUUCUGACAGUGACGGCUGCGCUUUGUCUCGCAUUGGUGAGCUCGCAUCCGCUUCCGGAAGACGGUCUCCGAUCGGAGGCCCUCGAUCGGCUGGUGAUGGCCGAGGCCGACAGUGAGGCGGCCCUAAGGAGCAAAAGGACGAUCGGCAUCCUACGACAGUUCUUCCCAGAGAUCUCCCAGGACGUGAACCCAGAGUCGGAGAAUCGAGUGAACGAGAUCGGAGCGGAGUCGCAGAAUAGCGAGGUGCGUGUACAAUUCGCGGACGAGGUGUCGAGCGACAGUUCGCCACAGGAGCUGGCACCAUUGGACGAGGUCGAGACGAACGAGGACGAGAACAGGAACAAGAGAUUCCUCUUCGGUUUCGGCGGCGGUGCCGGCGGCGCCGGGUCAGGCAACUUCCUCUUCGACAUUAUCAGGCAAGCGGCCGACGGGGCGGCAAGAGCGGCGGGCACGGUUUACCGUGUCGUGGCCGGUACACAGAGCCUCGGGCUCGGGCUAAGCGCCUCGCGCGAUGUGGGCCCGGCGCAGGCCGCCCCCGCUGCUGCUAAUCCCGCCGGCGGUACUGGCGGCACCCCGACGACCGGCGCACCCUCGACAGCCGCCCCAGGAGCCGGCAUUCUACCACCGCUGGUGGCCGGAAGCGGAAGUAAUCAGGACCAAUCAGGCGGCGCCGGAAGGACGGAGAGCACACAGGAGGCUGUGCCUGGCCCCGUCACCAGGUUCUUCGUCCUCGCCAACCGAGGGAUCUCGAAUCUCAUCCAGGAUCUCAUACUCCGCUUGGCGGCUACGAGCGAGCGCAUCGUCAACUUCAAGGCGCGACUCAUCACCUCCAUCAUCUAGGACCUCGCCGGAGGAUUGAGAUGCGGAAAUCCAGAAAGAGAAGAGGCCUCGCCGGCUUUGGCGCCGUAGCGUCAUGGGCAUCAUCGCCAGGCCGAUCGCCUCUGCCAGCAGGAGCACGGGUACGACGUUGGCAACGUGGCCGUUCAUGUGCACAGCGUUGCCCCCUUGUCCCCGGGAUCCGGAACUCGAUUCCCUCGUCGAUGGCUGUCGAGCUCUUUGCGAAAAUCCUAGGCAGUUUGUCACUAAACGCGCAUCCCCCUAACGAUCGACGUUAACUCGAUUUUGUCCGGCUUUGUUCACUCCGUCUUCGGUCUAAUUCUCUUCAUUUUCUUCUCGUCUUUUCUUUCCGUUUCUCUCUUUCUCUCUCUCUCUCUCUCUCUCUGUCCCUCUCUGUUACUCUCUCCUCGCUCUUCCUUUGUCUUUCUCUUUCCUAAUAUUUUUAUUACUUCUACUUUUUAGUCGAUUAGUAUAACGAUAAUGGAUAGAGGAAUUUCCGUAGGUGAUUGUCGUUUUGAGACGGUCGAGAUUCAGCCGUAGUAGCGCAGCUCGUGCCACGCCGCGUACGGUACGGUACAGUACGACAAAAAUACACUGACAGAGACGGUGAAAUCGCAGAAAAUCGUUUACAAUUUGUGAUACGACACGCUCUCCGUUGAUACUUCGAACGAAAUGAUUCAUGCGCCGACGACUACGGGACGGAUCUCUCCGCGCGCCAAGGAUUGUCCUCCGACAUAACGACAAUAUUUAAAUUCGCGCUCAGAUUACAGAUGAAGAGUUUAUUUUUUUACGUUGAGAGCACGAUUUCUCGCGAGAGUAGACGAAAGGUUCGCGCCGCCGGAUAGACGAUAAGGCCUCCGGCUUGUCAGCGCGAACGACGCGUUUCGAUCGAAUGUCGUUCGGCACCCUAGCAGCAUAUAUUAGUUGGCCGACUGUAGAUUCAACAUUGGCUCAAUGCUUUGUGCUGCUCGGAUAUGAGCACGAGAUAUAUCGUAAACUUGUACAUAGUUGUUCCCCCGGAUUGCAACAGUGCCAGGCAUUCGUCGUUUCCACUCAUUUGUACCAUUGCUUUCUGGUCUAAUUAUGUAUCCUAUAUAUAUAUAUAUAUUCUCUCUCUUUCUCUGUCUCUCUCUUUUUCUUCCUCUCUCUAUUUUGUUCUUCUUUGAAAUUUCACGAUAACGUAAAACACGUGAGAUUCAGACAAUGAAUUUCGCCGAGUGUGGCUAAUAAUCAAAUCAAAAACACUCUUUCUUGAUGCGUACUUCAGUUAAUUACGAUUUUGUUAGAAGUCCGUCAACAUUAAUAAACGAAGUUAUCCCCUUCUUGAAUGUUCUCAUUACGGGAAUGUCCAAUAAGCGGUGCAAUCUGAAAGAACAUUCGCGAUAACGCGAAACGCGACGUAUUGUUGUCGUUGGAUCGAGCGCAUGAUUUCUCUGUGUAAAACGUCCCUGUUAUUUUUGUAGUGUAAAUAAAUAUUAUUGUCAUAAGAAGCGAGAA